CUUUUUUCUUUUAUUUUAUAUUUUCUUUCUCUUCCACUUCAUUUUCAGGAUUGAUUUUUUUUUUGAACUCCAUUCUAUGGAAAAAAGUGGAAACAAGCAUGCCAGCUACGGAUAUAAACACUACAAAGGUUUCGAAUAGAAAUGAUAUAUUCGAUAACGAUCAAGAGAACGAUAUGACAACAAAUGAAGAAGCCAAUAGACGAAUGGAAGCUCUUAUGAAUAUGGUGGUUGUUGAAGAACAACAAGACACUACCAACAUGGAUAAUCAAGAAACAAUGGAAGAAGAAGAAGAGGAGGAAUUUGCGUUUAGAUUGUUUUCAACUGGAUCGGUAGCCAAAGUGUCUAUCAAGGAAAAGGGUGACGACGAAGCCAACGCAUUAUCACAACAAAUCGCAAAUCAACAACAAAUAGAACAGGAUGAAACUGAUCCUGAUUUUGUAACCCGGAUCACUCAAGCCAGUAUCAGUUAUGAUGACAUUAUGCAACAAUCCACUUGGGCGUAUCCUGCUCUUCGAUUACCAAAGCGGGUUAUCCACAUCAAUAAUAACGACAUGAAAUCAGAUACCACUACUUCAACAAAAAGAAAGCGAAAAAGUAAAAAACGACGAGAUUAUGAAAAGGCAGUCAAAGAAGGACGGAUCAUACCAAAACCCAAUAUGCGUGAUACUCGUACUCCUGGUGGAUGGCCUGGAUAUCCUGGUGCUCGUACUCCAUGUGCUAUCAUCAAAACUCAAUCUCACAAAGCAAGAUCUGGUGGAUUUAAAUCACGACCUCAAGUGUUUAAGAAUAGUUUUAUUAGUCGUAGUAGUAGUGGUAGAGGUGGUAGAGGUGGAUCAUCUCACUUCAAAAAAAUGAUCUCUGUAUAG